UCUGCAAACUGUACACAAAUGUUAAUUCCAUAUCUACUCUUCUUCUUCUUCAUGAUGAUUCCUCCUGCCUACACUCAGUCCCAGAUUUACGCCGCUCACCCACCCUCUUUUUCAGUUCCAAGGCUGUCUAAACCUUUGAUUGGGGAAGAUGAGAGGAUUUACGCUUGUUCGGAUAGGAACUUUUAUGCAUUUGAAAGUAAUGGUUCCAUUGUUUGGGUCUUACAUUUGAAUUAUCAGUGCAAUGUUGGUAUGGCUCCAGUUAAUGGUGGCAAAGGAAAGAUAUAUUUGGUUGCAGAGAACAAAGUGUUGAAAAUCAGCUUUUCUGAUACUGCAACUUCACCAGCCACUGCAGACGUUUUCUUUGGUCAUGAGGCAGCCGGUGAAAUUAUUGGGAUUUCAGUAAGCACAUUGAGCUCAACUGUGUUUAUUAGUAUCAAGAAUCGCGGACUAUUUGCAUACACCAUGCGGGGAGACCUUCUUUGGAGUGUUGGACCUGUGCUCUCUCAGUUUGGCUACCGUCAAGGAUGUAGAAAAGGCAUUACUGACUGUUAUUUUAAUUCGGCUCCCGUGAUAGAUCAAUGUGAAGCUAGUAUAUAUAUAUCAAAUUCUGCCGGAGAAUUAUAUUCUCUGUCAAUGCAUAGUCCUCACUUUAAGUGGAUUCUGGACAUAAGUCCAUUCCACAAGAACUUCACCAUCACUCCUGGAAACAAUGGCCGUUUGUACGUUACUGUACCAAUCAGGACUCUCAUUUUGGCAGUGGACGUAUCUACUGGUAACAUUUUGUGGGAGGGAAAUAUUGGGCCAUUAAGUUCUGAAGGAUGUUCACCACUUAUUGAUUCAAAUGGGUGGAUAUCUGUUGGUUCGUUGGAUGGGUUUCUGUACUCAUUUUCACCAACUGGAGUUCUAAAGAAAUUCCAAAAAGCAGCUGCGGAGGAUUCUGUAGUUCAAGUUAGUCCACUUCUUGAUUGUUCUGGAUAUGGAGUUUAUAUGUCUCAGACACAGAUGGAAGGAAAAAUUAGCCACACAAUAGGUGAAUACAGUUUUUUCUCAGCAAUGAAACCCGAAAGCGUCGUUUUCUCAUUGUUAGUUCCAGCAACUGGGUCUAUCCAUUGGUCUGAAAACUAUCCUGGUCCGAUUUCAUCCUUACUGUCCAAGAGUGAUCUUCGUCAUUUCAUGCUAGAUGAGACAAUCAUUCUGGCUUUUAUCACUGCUUCAAGGACUGGCAAUGCAGUGCCAUGCCAUAGCACCGGUCAGACGCUAGUGUCUGGCUGCUCCCAGGCAAGGCCGGAGAGCCUCAAUAUCUACACAGGUAAUGAGAGAGCAAUAUUAUGGUUUCUAUUUUUUGAGUCUGCAGUCUUGGUAGUUUUUGCUGCACUUGUCAGAUUCUGCUGUAUAUUUUGGAGAAAAAAAAAGCUUCAAGGGCAAAACUUGUCAACUUUUCUGGAAAAGCGGCGGUCUCUCCAACUCAGAAAGAAAAUGUUCAAUAGGACAAUCACGGAACUUGAGCGAAAGGCUUCAGAGGAAGCAGUGGCAAAUGAUGUUAUUCAUGACCUGGGGGAUUUGGUACAGCAAAGGGAACGUAUCGAGAGGAAGCUCUCAACGACAUACAGUUUAGGAAGAGAUGAAGCCGGUUCAAGCUCAAAAUUCCUCAUUCCACUCUAUGAUGGUUUAACAAGGAGCUAUUCCUUCCAAAAUGCUAAGAAAGAAAGUGUCACGGUUUUCCACACCCUGAGUGAGCCAUCUUCUGGAGAAAAUGGCAGCGAGACGGAGUCUGAUGACUCGAAUUUUCAAGAAGACAUUCUGUUAUCAGCUAAAGCAAAGGCGCGAAUUGAAGCUGAGAGCUCAAGCAGUGAUCAACAUUUUGAGAAAGAUUACGAAAGAAAUCGCUCAAUGGAAGUAUCAAGCUCAAAGGGACAUGUCAAUCCAUUAUUUAUGGAGCAUAUUCUAACAAGAGAGAAAUUGCAUGAUGAGGGAGAAGCGACGGAAUCCAUUCCCAGUAGUAGCAGAAGCGCAUGGUUAAAGAGGAGGAGCACAUCUUUAACUAAGUAAGACUAUUAAUAUUUAUCUGUCCCAUAAAAUGUUCUUUUUUUGUAUGGUCACACGACAGACGCGUUUUCUAACCUAAAAACCAAUGACAACGGUCAGUAGAA